AUGGCGUGGUACAAGGAAAACGUACUCUGGAAGAUUGAAAAGGCUUUCGCGCCUGGCUACGACCCCGCGCUGGACCUUGCAAAUAUUGGAAUCAAGCGUCCCAAAGAAGAAGGCACGUCGCUCAUGGGCGACGAACUCGACUGGGAUGCAGAGGGACCGUGGACGGAGCAUCUACGCCGAGAGGAGCAGGAUCUCAUUGACCGGAUCAUCCACGGAAAGGAAGUCGGACACUACUUCGUCCUGUUGGGCCCCAAGGGCACGGGAAAGACCACUAUGAUCAUCGACGCUAUGCAGGCCAUUCAAGCGGACGGCGUCGCCAUGUGCGACGCCCAUCCGGAUCUCGAAGUGUUCAGGUUACGCCUCGGGAAGGCGUUGAACUACGAGUUCAACGAAGACACUCAGACGGGUUUGUUCCAGCGACGCGACCCACGUGAAGCUGGUCCUUCGUUGGAUCUCGAACGCGCGCUGAACAAGUUGGAGAAGGUCGCCAUCAGGCAAGCGAAGAAGAACGGGAAGCCGCUCAUUCUUGUUCUCAACAACAUACACUUCUUCAAGCACGAUGGCGAUGGAGAGAACGUCUUGCUUCAGUUCCAGCAACGCGCAGAGGCAUGGGCUGCCAGUGGUAUUCUAACCAUGGUUUUCAGCACAGACGACGCAUGGCCGUUCUUCGUGAUGCGCAAGAACGCCAGUCGGAUGCACGUCGUCUCUGUCUACGAUCUGAGCACCAAAGAUGCCUUUACCGCCGCCGUGCGCAUGCGCAUGAACUCCAACCGCCCGAAGGCCACGUCUUCCGCGUUCCGCGAAGCGGUCGGUCUUGUUGGCGGACGACUCACCUACUUGAGCAAAGUCACGAAGGCUGCGGAUAUGGCGCAUCACGCACGGCACAUGCUAGCCGUCGAGAAGGGUUGGCUCUUGUCGCAAAUCGGCUUGAUCCCAGACUGCGACGACGACGUGAUGGACGAGCAGAAGUGGUCGAGCUGCUCGUGGCUGCUGUUGCAGGAGUUCGUGAAGAGGCGGCGGGCGCAGGAGGCUGAGAUGAAGGAGAAGAUUGAAAGGGGCGAGGCGUCGGAGGAGGACCUAGCGAAUAUGCCGUUGCCGAAAAUCUCAUACUACGAGUCGCGGCAGAUCAUGACGCGUGCGGACUUCAUGGACGAGCUCGACCGGAAGAACAUAAUCUCCAUCGACAUCAACCAUGACGUCACCCCUGACUCCAUGCUCGUCCUUCAUGCCGCGGGAGAGGUCGUCGACGAGGAAGGCUUUGAGGAUCUUCUUCAGGGUGUUCGCGACCGCGUUGACGAGAUUGAGAGCUUGCACCGUACGCGCGAGUUAACGUUCAAGGACCUCGACAAAGGCGACAGCAUCCGUCUCGCAGUCAACAAAUCGGGAUCGACAAGACUGCUUUGA